AUGAAUUUGCUGAAUCAUACAAUCUAACUAUUACAGUAGGCUUUGUAGAACUUAUAAUAGAUGUAAGGAAAAUAGGAGGUGAAAGAUAUUUUACCUUAAUUAACUCAAGCAGUAGAUUCAAUCCCAGAAGAAUUCAAAGAAUUGGUUCCAUAUUAAGUGGAGGUCUCUGACAGACAUUUGAAUCAUCGUCAAAGCAAGGAGUGCAUAAUCAAGACAGUUGAAUAAUUUCGAUAGUGGAGAGCAAUGGAAUGCUUGAAAGCAGAAACUUUUGAAGAAGUGAUGGCAGCUCAUAAUUAGUAUUAUUACAGAACUUUGAGGUAGCAAGUUUAUAGAUUCAUUGUAAUAACAGAUGGAUUUCGUUACUCAAGAGGCGAAGCUAGAGAGAAGCUUGCUCAUUGUCCAUUUUGUAAGUUUUAGAAUCUUCUCACUUACGUAACAGCUCAUGUUCUUAAAAAGCAUGCUAAUAAUUAUUAAAUUUAUAAUUGCUCAAUUUGUAACAAAGNAAUCAAUAGAUGCCUAAUAAUAAUUUUAAUCAAUAGACCGCUUUUAAUAUUAACAAUCAAUAGAUUCCUUAAAACCAAUAGGCUCAUAAUAUUAAUAAUAAUCAAUAGUUUCCUUUUAAUAAUAUUAAUCAACAAAAUCAAAUAAAUAAUUAACUCAAUUUCAAUAUAAUCCAGCCAAAGCCGUAAGGUAAUCAGCCACUUAACUAAAUUCCAAAAGUUGAUGCUAAUCAAAUGUCAAAUUAAGCUACAAAUCCCCAAUUAGGCGCUUAAACCAAUAAUAAAUACGGAUUUAAAGCUGGAGAAAAUCCUUUAUAAUUUAAUUAAUUCAAUAACAAGCAGAUGGCUGGAUAAUAACCUAUAAUACAGCCUACAAUUUAACAAGUAUUAAAGUAUUAUUCAUAUUAUUAAGUAAAAAUACACACGUGUUGAUGUGAAAUGUGAAGAGGAUAAAAAGUAAUUGGUGAAGAAUUUAAACUAAUACUUUAAGGAUGGAAAUUUUGAUUAUGCAAUAGAAUGUAUAAAGCAAAUUAUCGAAAAUGACAUUAGAGUAAAGCUUCCGGAAUAAGUCAAUGUUAAAUGA